AAAAGGAUGCCCUAUAAAUUGUCAGCAAAUCCUCCAAAGGUGCCCAAGUACCCGACGCCUGAUACUGCCACAACUCCUAAUGCCCCCCAUGCGGAACAUGGGGUUGAUACCUGGGCGAAGCCACCACAAGUUAUGCACUUAUCACUUUCCCCGGAAUUCUGUGAAUUGAAGGACGCUCUGACCAUGAAAGACGAAAUGGCUCAAUUUCAAUUGGCCUCCUCUGCUCCCUUUUUUGACUGCUUGCCCCCUACUGGUGUUAUUGUUGCUUCCUCCACUUAUGCGUUUCAGAGUAUUCAAGCGAGCCUUGUUGUUGCUGCUCGUGUCUCUUUACUAGAGAGAACCGUUGAUGAACUGAAACAGAAGGAGAUUUCCCUAGUAUCUUC